UCUAGACGGGAAUCAAUGGCCAGAUGUCGAGCAGCCUGUCGCUUCUUUGUUCCAAGCAAGGCCCACUCCACGCGUUGAGGGCUUUUGCGAGCGCUCAUGUUCUUCACGUCGAUAGGGCUCACAGCGAGGCGGAUCUGGCACGCCAGUGCAACGAUGCCAGAGAUCUCUCCCAUGCCCGCCAAAUCCACGCUCGAAUUCUCGCCACCGAGUGGCGCGGCAGCGUUUUCCUGGGAAAUCAGGUUAUUCAUAUGUAUGGGCGAUGCGGUAGCGUCGGCGACGCCGAUCGUGUGUUUCACGCGAUGGAGCGGCGGAAUCUCUUCUCAUGGAACAUCGUCCUCGCGGCAUAUGCCCAGAACGGGCAUCUUGCCGAGUGUAAUGCCGGGUUCUCGAGGAUUCCGGAAUGGAAUGUUGUGUCGUGGACGGUGAUGAUGGUGGCUUACACACAAAGAGGGAAUGUCCAGGGCGCGAAGGAAACGUUCGAUCAAAUGCCGGAGCGGAAUGUCGUGUCUUGGACGACCAUGAUCUCGCUAUAUGCCCAGUCAGGGCAUUUCGAAGAUGCCAAGAGAAUGUUCUCUUUAAUUCCGGAAUGCACUGUGGUAUCCUGGACGGUCAUUUUCCAAGCCCACGUUACCAACGGCCAGAUCGACAGCGCCAAAGCCGUGUUUGACGAAAUGCCCGAGAGGAACGUGGUCGCGUGGACGGCCAUGGUCUCGGCAUAUUCCAACCUCCACAGGCCGGAAGAUUCGCUCGCGUGGCUCAGCAGGAUGCCACAGUGGAACGUGGUCACGUGCAACGUCAUGCUGGACGGCUACGUGGCACGGGGCCUCUUUGACGACGCCGCCGCGCAGUUCCACGUCGUCCCCAAGGAUGUGGUGACGUGGAACACCAUGCUGACGGCAUGCACGGAGCACGGCCACGUCGACCUCGCGGUUGAAAUGUUCCACAGGAUGCCGCAGCACACCGUCGUGACGUGGAACGCGAUGAUAGCCGGGUAUGCCCGUAACGGGCAUCUGGACGAGUCAAGGGCGCUGUUUGACUGCCUAGACGAACGCAACGCGGUGACGUGGACAACCAUGAUUUCGGCGUACGCGCAGUGUAGAUUACUGCGGGAAGCCGCGGUUCUGUUUCACGAGAUGCCGCAGUUAGACGCACGGCCGUGGCACGUCAUGGUUGCGGCAUAUGCCGAGGCAGGGCAGUUUGACGACGCCAAGGCGCUGUUUGAGCAGUCCGACGCUCGGGAUUCCACCACGUGGACGGCCAUGAUGGGCGCUUAUGCUCACCACGGCCAGUGGGAACAAUCCAAGGCCUUGUUCGAUGGAAUGCCGAGAAGAGCUGUGGAGCCAUGGAACAAUUUGAUCUCGGUGUAUGGCCAAUGCGGCUAUCUGCAAGACGCGAUCGAGGCAUUCCAUAAGAUUCCCCACCGGGACGUGAUCUCCUGGAACUCGAUCCUCACGGCCACCGCGCAAAAUGGACGCCUGGACGAUGCCGAGGAGCUCUUUCGCCAAAUCCCCGAGACGAAUCCAGUUUCUUACAACAUCCUCCUCCAGGCGCACGCUCAAUCCGGCAACAUCGAUCGAGCGCUCGCUUUGUUUCGAUCGAUGCCAGGGCUCGGGAUCCUGGCGUGGACGGCGAUGGUCCUGCUCUACGCCAAGACCGGCAAUCUGAACGACGCGCGGGAAUUUUUCCACAGAAUGCCGCAGCGCGACGCCUUCUCGUGCAUCACCAUGAUCGCGGUGAGCGCGAUGAAGGGGAAUCUUUCUGAAUCAAACCAGUGCUUUCGCGAGAUCCGCUACCACAACCUCGCGUCCUGGACGACGAUGCUAGUGGCAAAUGCCCAGAACGGGCAUCUGGAGGUAGCGCGAGCGUUGUUUGAUCUCAUGCCCGUACGAGACAACGUAUCAUGGAACGCGAUGAUCACGGGCUACGCCUCGAAGGGCCGUACGGAAGAGGCCCGGCGGAUAUUCGAGUCCAUGCCGGAGCGCAACGCGGCAUCUUUCGGCGCCAUGAUCUCGGCAUAUGCCCAGAACGGGUAUAUUCCCCAGGCGCGCGAGGUCUUCGAGAGUGGCGGCUCCUCCCAGCACGACGCCUGGAACGCCCUGAUCGCGGCACUGGCGCGCGAUGGCCACGCCGCCGACGCGAUCCAUCUCUCGCGCGCGAUGGCGCUCGAGGGCUACGCGCUGGAUGGGGAGUCCUUCACGGCCAUCCUCACGGCGUGCUGCCACUCGGGCAACAUUGGGCGAGGGAUCCGUGAGUUUGGAUCGAUCGUGGAUCACGGGCUGAGCCCAAUUGGAUCUCACUACUGCCGGAUGAUCGAUCUCCUGGGGCGUGCCGGGGAGCUGGGCAAGGCGGAGGAUUUGAUCGCGGCAAUGCCAUUCCCGCCCUGCGAUGUGGCGUGGGGGACGCUCUUGGGUGCGUGUAAGGUCUCGCCAGAUGUGGAGAGGGGGAUGCGAGCGGCAGGGCAGGCAUUGGAACUGGAUGGCCAGAGAUCCGGCCCCUAUAUCAUGCUCUCCAACUUGUACACGAGAGAGGCGUAGAUUGUCUGUAAGGAUUGAUCAAAAACAGCCUGGAUUUUGUCACAGGAACUGACACAUUCGUUUCUAGAAGGAUGGAUUGAUCUAACUUCCUUUUGAAUUUAACUCGAUUUUAAUAAUUUUUUACCUUUUUUCUUUUAUCUUUCUAACCAUUUUUAUGAUUUUAACCAAAUAAUAAAAUCAAAUUUAUAUUGUGAGGUCCAUGCACUCACAAUAUGAUAUUAUUUUUA